AAGUGCAAGCUAGCCACCUCAUCUGCUUCCAAACAACAUGGCUUAUGUAAUCAAUCAGCCUUCUGCUCCUGUAAUGGUCCAGCCUGCACCUCCAACUGUUAUCUAUGAACAACCGCCCGCUCCUGUAAUUGUCCAGCCUGCAUCUCCAACUGUAGUGGUCCAGCCUCCUAGUCCUGUGGUGGUGCAGCCUCCUAUGAAAUCCUUACCCGUAUCAACGAAGUGCAAUUUAUGCCAGCACCAGGUUAUUACAGUUACUCGACCUGUCAAUGGAGCCCUCACCUGGACAAUUUGUUUGAUCCUCUUUAUCUUCCUCAUCUGGCCGUUCUGCUUGAUUCCUUUCUGCUCAAAGACCUGCAGGGACAUCGAACACUCCUGCCCCCUCUGCAGGAACAUUGUCCAUGUACACAAGCGGAUGUAGGUGGACGUUUUACACAGGAGAAGCUGAACAUCAAAAACAUCAAACAUCAAUAAUCCUGUUAUUGUAAAUACAAAUAUGUAAUUUAGGGUAAUUAAUUUUCAUCAAAACAGAAAAAAAUCUAUUAAAUUUUUCAGGAUGUUUAUAUAGAUAAUGAAACCAUUGUUGUUCACGAGAUAUGACUAGUCAUUAAUUAGAAAAAGCUAUCCAUCAUUUAGCUUUUUAGCCUAAAGUUUGGAUCACAUUUCUUCCCAAGCAGUGGCAUACUGUACUUUAAUGUAGAAUCAGGUUAAUCUAUUUGUCUUGCUCCAACAAUAACCAGGUGCUUGGUUAAACAGAAUGUUGCAUUUACAGCUCAGGUCUAAAAAGAACCCUUUAUUAUUUAUAAGAACCAGAGGCUGGUGUAUUUUUGUGUAAUGCCGUAUAUUUGUAUUCAGGCAAUAACACGUCCACCUGCAAGAGAUUUUAUACAAUAUCGGGCCAAAUGUUGCUGAAUACACAAUAUCCCAGGGCAGUUAAUGAGCAUAAAUGAUUGGUGGGGUUCCUCUGGGUUCUCUGGUUGCUUUGGGUACGACGUGCAGAUUAGACUAAGUGGCUUUCCCCAAAAUUGUCUGCAGUGUGAGAAUGAUUGUGUGAGUGUGUGUAUAUGUUUGUCCGGGGUGUUCUCUGCCUUGUGCUUUAACUCUCCUGGGAUAGGCUUCAGGCCCCUGUGACUCUAUACAGCAUAAAACACUACAGAUAAUAAGAGAGUGAGUAAUAAUAAUAAUAUCUAUAAGAUAAUAUCUGUAAGACAUUUGUCCACAUUCUGCACAUUUCAUGUACAGAUUAUGAUUCAUGUGAGCCUACACUGAUGCACACUACCUCUAUCACAUGUUUCAUGUGUAAAUUUUAGUAUGAUGUAUACGACCAUCUGUAUCCCUUCCCGAUUAUGCACAGGGUGUAAGAGUUACAGUAUUUUGCCUGACAGUUAACUAUAUUCUAAGUAAAAUUACAAGCAAAAAUAUA